AACUGGGACAGCCAUGUCUUCUCAACUGGCAGUCAAUGACAUCACAAUGGAUGACCUAGGAGGUCAUGAUAGGCCAGGGGUUAUUUGGGACCUUGACCCUAACUUAACCCAUGAAAUCUAUGAGGAUCUUGGAGUUGAAGUUUUAGACAAGGCAGAGCCGAAAAAGAUUACCCAGAAACAGAAAAGUAAAAAAACUCCACCAGACCAAAAGUCGAAGCCUGCCAUUGUCCACACCACACCAAGCCCAACCGCUGUAAGAGAGUCUGCUCAGAACCACAUCCAUGAUGGACAGAACUGUUGCUGCGUUCGUCGUAUCUUCAAAGGCAAUAAAGAUCCAGGUGCAGAUCCAUUUUUGUUCCUAUCAGAUGAAGUGAUCCUGUCCAUCUUUCACUGGUUACCAAAGAAAAGUCUUACCCAUUGUGCCAAAGUAUGCCGGAGGUGGAGGAGACUCAGCUACGACGAAGAGCUCUGGAGGAAGGUGGACCUCUCUUCCCGUAACUUCCUGCCAGGAAUUCUGGGAUUGAUCCUGGAGAGGGGUAUCGUCCACGCAAAACUAUCCCGCUGCACCGUUAGCGGACCAGUCUUCGAUCCUGAUCUUGAUGGAAGUGCAAUGGAAGAGGGCGACUCUGAGACUGAUGACCUCAACAGCUCAAGAUUGUCCUCUGUCUCCACAAACCCGCUGCAACUCGAGUCAUUGGACCUCUCGGCGUGCAUCAACGAUGACCCGGCCAACAUCCAAACUGUCCUCGCCCGAUGUCCAUCUCUUCGGAAUCUGAGUCUUGAGAGCUGCCAGCUGAACGGCGAUGCCUUACUCACCCUAGCUGAACACAGUGCUUCCCUUGAAGUCCUAGAUCUUGCCAUGUGUCGUCUUACCAACCCUGAAGCGUUGACAACUCUCGUCAGAGCCGCUUCGAGAUUGCAGAGUUUAAAUAUUUCUUGGUUGGGCCUGACUGCAGAGAGAGUCAAGGAGGUGAUCACCGUUCUUCCAACGAAACUGAAACAUCUCAAUAUCAGUGGAUACAAGGAGAAGCUCAAGAACAAAGAUGUGGUGACCAUCGUGACGAGGUGUCAUGAACUGAAGCAGUUAGAUCUUAGUGACAGUACGUCCUUGGGUUACGAUGCCAUCUCAGCAGUAGUACAGAACCUUCCUUGCCUUGAACACGUAUCACUCAGUCGCUGCUAUGACAUCCCGUUCUAUGCCUUUGUAUCUUUGAUCGACGUAUCAACCCUAGAAGCCCUUGAUGUCUUUGGUGUGAUGCAGGACCGGGAACAGGAACGGCUCCGCGUCCAAAUGCCCAAGAUCUCGAUCAACUCCUACCCAUUCUCGUCCAUCGCCAGACCAACUUUCACAGCCAAGCAAGCACAUCACAUUUGGGGAGUCAGAUGUGAGGUUGUAUAAAAAGAAAAUCCUUAUACUGUAUGGGGUUUAGUGCUGCAAGUCAUGUAGUCAGAUCCAUAUAAUGUAUAGGGUUUAGUGCUGCAAGUCAUGUAGUCAGAUCCAUAUACUGUAUAGGGUUUAGUGCUGCAAGUCAUGUAGUCAGAUCCAUAUACUGUAUAGGGUUUAGUGCUGCGAGUCAUGUAGUCAGAUCCAUAUACUGUAUAGGGUUUAGUGCUGCGAGUCAUGUAGUCAGAUCCACAUACUGUAUAGGGUUUAGUGCUGCGAGUCAUGUAGUCAGAUCCAUAUACUGUAUGGGGUUUAGUGCUGCGAGUCAUGUAGUCAGAUUCAUAUACUGUAUGGGGUUUAGUGCUGCGAGUCAUGUAGUCAGAUUCAUAUACUGUAUGGGGUUUAGUGCUGCGAGUCAUGUAGUCAGAUUCGUAUACUGUAUGGGGUUUAGUGCUGCGAGUCAUGUAGUCAGAUCCAUAUACUGUAUGGGGUUUAGUGCUGCGAGUCAUGUAGUCAGAUCCAUAUACUGUAUAGGGUUUAGUGCUGCGAGUCAUGUAGUCAGAUCCAUAUACUGUAUAGGGUUUAGUACUGCGAGUCAUAUAGUCAGAUCCUUAUGCCGUAUGAGGAUUUGAAAUGGCUAAGUUCACAUGCGUGAUGUCUUAGCUCCUUCCCAUGCUCUUCCAUUGCUGGACCAACAUUCUGUACCAAAAUACCAUAAAACAUUUUGGGAGUUAUAUGUGAAGUCAUGUUCAUGUAGAUGCAUUCUUAUACCAUAUUGUGUUAAUUCUGUGAAGUCACAUUAAUAGUUAGAUCCUUAUACCUGAUGGGGUUUGGUGCGGCUAAGUUCAGUUGGGGGUGAAAACAAAUAAUUGAAAGAAAUUUGAAGGGAACUGUCUAGAUGUGACUUAAAUGUAUCCAAUGGCAAGUGUACUUACUGAAGAUAUAAAUAUCAACUCAUCAACAUCAUUUCUUACACUUUAUAUCUGCUGUUUUAAAUCAGGAUUGCAAAUAGUAUGCAUGUAUAUAGCAGUCUUUGAUUGUAUAUCAAAAUGCAUGGUCAUCGCUUGUGAUCUGGAAAUGCAUGAAGUUUCGAAUGUACAGGAUUUUUUUAAGCUUUUCACGCUUUCAACAUAUUUUACUUUCUCGAAAAUAGACAAAUUUUCUUCUUUUGAAAUGAGAGCUAUACCAUAUAUAUUAUCUUCCAAGUGUACUACAUAAAGUAUGAUAGACAAAAUUUCUUCUAGUGGAAUGAGAGCUAUACUGUAUAUAUUUCCUCAGUGUACUACAUGUAUUAUGAUCAACAUUACUUCAACUUUUUAGACAAAAUGGAAGUAAAAAAAAAUUAUCCAGGUUUGUCAUACACAGUGCCUGGGAGACCCCAGUCCAAGUGAGUGGCCUAGAGCAAUGAGAUGCCAGACUAGGAGACCAUUGGCCCGUCUUACGAAGAGUUGCGUUUGAUCCGAUCAAUCGCAACUAUGGACGGCCAGCAACAUCAACAUCUAUUAUGCAUGUUUGUUCAAAAUAUUCUUCUACCUAUGAUUUAUAUUCAUGCAUUCCAUGUUGAAAAUUCACUGCGCUUCUCUUUGCAUACAAAGGACAUUGUGCAAAUUUCCUGUAGAAAAAAUUAUGACACUGAUGGAUUUUCAUAGAGUUACGAUUGAUUGGAUCAAUUAUAACUCUUUGUAAGACGGGGCCCAUGUCUGCUUCAAGAGUCUUGAUGGAAUGUUGGUACUCUUAUCACAAGAACAUAGGAAUAUCCUGAUGAAUAAAUGACCACUUGGCUUAUAAAUCUCUGUACCGGCCGCACAGAGACCUUGUUAGCACCAACAGAGACACUGUUGCAACUGGUGCUGUCACAGCGAUGCUUAAUGACCUAACUUUUUGAUCUGGUGGUUGCGACUCUCGUCUUCCAAUCAGAGAGAUGUGAGUUCGAAUUCCAGCCAUGGCAUGUUUUUCUUCAGCAAGAAAUUUACCCGCAUUGUGCUGCACCUGACCCAGGUAAGGUGAAUGGGUACCUGGCAAGAUCAACUCCUUGAAUGCACCAAUUGCCUUUAGCAGGUGGAGCUAAAGCUUAGGUAAUAUACAGUGCAUUCCACAAAAAGGAAACCUGUUUUCAGAGAUAGAUUUCACAAUUAUUAUUUUUUCUCUUACUAUAAAUUUGAUAUUUAUUGUAAGAGUGGAAUGUCAUCUUUGACAUGAGACCAACAUCUUAACAAAUUGUUCGUGGAUGGCAGAUUACAAUCGAUAAAUACUGAGGCAUGUCAGAAGUGAUUUGCGCAGAAACUAGCGUGUGAAUCUGAAUCCACUCUCAUUUCAGGGAUGAGUGAGAAAAACUUAAAGAAUACAAAAGAAAUGCUGAUGAGCCAAUCGGUGAAUAAGCACGGUCGAGGUAUCACUAACCAAUCUUGUUCGACUUUUCUGCGCAACCUGAUUUUGACAUUAAAAUUUCAG